ACAUUCAGAGUCAAACAGGAAGAUCUGCAGGAACAAACAGACCUGAUGGUGCUGAAAGAAGAGACUCAUCAACAGAAUGAAAUAGAAGAGAAACAGCAGAAACCCCAAAAAAUAAUGACUGAUGAAAAACCUACACUGACUAAAAAGACUUCAUCACACGGAAGACCUCGGAAAUCCAAAUCUGGGUGUAAUUUUAGCUGUAAACAGUGUAGAAAGAGUUUCAGUCAAAAGUCAAACCUUGAUGUUCACAUGAAAGUUCACACUAGGAAGAAACCUUGCACUUGCAAACAGUGUGGAAAAAGCUUCAGUAGUACAGGACACUUAACCGUGCACAUGAGAAUUCACACUGGGGAGAGGCCAUACAUGUGCCAACAGUGUGGAAAAAGCUUCUAUCAUGCUGGAAACUUGGCAGAGCACAUGAGAAUUCAUACUGGAGAGAAGCCUUACUCUUGCACUCAGUGUGGAAAGAGUUUUAAGCAAAAUGGCACCUUUAAAGUCCACAUGAGAAUUCACACUAGGGAGCAACGUUACAGCUGCGAACAGUGUGGAAAGAGUUUUGGUCAAAUACAAGACUUUAAAACCCACAUGAGAAUUCACACCGGAGAGAAGCCUUUCAGCUGUAAACAGUGUGGAAAGAGUUUUAGAAAAAAGCCAAACCUUAAUGUUCACAUGAGAGUUCACACUAGGGAGAAACCUUACACCUGCAAACAGUGUGGAAAGAGUUUUAGUCGAAAACACAGCUUUAAAGCCCACAUGAGAAUUCACACAGGAGAGAGGCCGUUUACAUGCCAACAGUGUGGAAAAAGCUUCUGUCAUUCAGGAAACUUUGCAGAGCACAUGAAAAUUCACACUGGAGAAAGGCCAUACACAUGCCAACAGUGUGAAAAAAGCUUCUAUAAUCCAAGAAGCCUUUCACUGCACAUGAGAAUUCACACUGGAGAGAAGCCUUUUAGCUGUAAACAUUGUAGAAAGAGUUUCAGUCUAAAGCAGAACCUGAAUGUUCACAUGAGAGUUCACACUAGGGAGAAACCUUACACCUGUGAACAGUGUGGAAAGAGUUUUGGUAAAAAACAAGGCCUUGAGAUCCACAUGAGGAUUCACACUGGAGAGAAACCUUACACAUGCACACAGUGUGGUAAAAGUUUCACAUAUAAAAACACACUCAAACACCACAUGAUAAGUCACACCGGACAGAAGCCGUUUGUAUGUGCUCAGUGUGGAAAGAGCUUCACAACCAAAACUAACCUUAAGAACCACAUGGAUGGUCACACUGGAACCAUAGUGUUCACAUGUGAUCAGUGUGGAAAGAGUCUCACACGCAAAGACUACAUUAGGCAACACAUGAGGACUCACUCAGGAGAGCGUUUUAGAUGCAGUGAGUGUGGAAAGGGCUUUAACCAUAAAAGAAGCCUCAGCACUCACAUGAAGAUUCACAAUGGAGAGCAGAGUCCUCAAAAAUGAGUCCUUGUCCACACAAACACGGGUAUAUUCAAAACGGCAGCUUUUUCAUGUAAUUUGGCUGUUCAUUCACGUAAAGUUUAUAUAUAAACUAUUUUUGUUUUCCCAAGAUUUCCAUGUUUCCUCCAACAGUCCAAAAACACACGACCUAAGUAAACUGAACAUUCUAAAUUGGCACCAUUGAGCUCUUAGUAAGCCAUAUAUCUCCUUUAGCCAUUCCUAUAAUUGUAAUUAGAACAGAAACAAGUCAGGAGAGUUCAUCAAGAUAUACCUGAGCUCAAAUUCCCCUCUCACCCUGUUUACGGGAGGGAGCCCAGGGCUCGAGGAUCUUAUGAUCUUUUAAACCACACUAAACUGAGCUAAAUUGAACUGAACUUAAACACUGAAAACUGAACUACACUGUUCCAAUUUACUAUGACCUUUUAUGUGAAGCUGCUUUGACACAAUCUACAUUGUAAAAGCGCUAUACAAAUAAAGGUGACUUGAAUUGAAUUGAAUUAUGAGCUUAGGGCUCUCUCCCGGGACAGCAUGCCAAACAAGUGUGAACUCUUGAAAACAUAUCGAGUUACUGAUAAUGAAACCCUUUGAACACCUGAAGAUGUAAACUCAAUAGCUGAAGAGGGGUGAAGAUUUUGACAACUGUGUUGUAGUGUAGAUCAGGGAUCACAGCCCAGUACCAGGUUGUGAGAGUUGCUACUGGGCUACAAGAAUGCAAAAUAACUCUAUAUGUUGAUAGAUUUUGUGGCUUGUUUUCUUAUGAAAACAAGUAUCUGCAUCUGAAAAGGUGUGAACCAAAUGACCUACAAAGUUACAAAGUAGUGUCUCAUAGGCAGUACUUUGGAUUAAGUUACUUGAAGACCGACGUCUUAACAUCACUGCUGAGGAACUGCACUAUUCCUUGUCUAUAAUAAAGCCUUCUCCCCAUAAGAACUUUGGUCAGCUUACUUAUUUGAUGUAUUAGAGUGAUCUAUGCAUUAGCGAGUCACCCAAGAAAGGUUUGGCCAAAUACAGCAAAAUCUAACAAUGUGCUUCAACUUUGCAUUGCA